GCUGGACUCACCUGCUCAGAGCCCGUCAGGUUGGUGGGGGGGUCCAGUCGCUGUACUGGGACACUGGAGGUGAAGCGAGGAAACUGGAGACCAGUGGACGUCUCUGAUUGGACCCUGAAGGAAGCAGCGGUGGUGGUCUGUGGAGAGCUGGACUGUGGCUCUGCUGUUUCAACCGGAAGAAGAAAUGAGUCCUCACCCAUAUCAGCAUGGAGGAUCAGUCAGACCUGCAUCAACUCUGGGUUCACCUUGAGAGAGUGUGUGACACCAGGCUCCUCCUCCUCCAUCAUGAAGAUCACCUGCUCAGAGCCCGUCAGGUUGGUGGGGGGGUCCAGUCGCUGUACUGGGACACUGGAGGUGAAGCGAGGAGACUGGAGACCAGUGGACGUCUCUGAUUGGACCCUGAAGGAAGCAGCGGUGGUCUGUGGAGAGCUGGACUGUGGCUCUGCUGUUUCAGCAGGAAGAAGAAAUGAGUCCUCACCCAGAUCUGCAUGGAGGAUCAGUCAGACCUGUAUCCACUCUGGGUUCACCUUGAGAGAGUGUGUGACACCAGGCCCCUCCUCCUCCAUCAUGAAGAUCACCUGCUCAGACUCUGUGAGGCUGGUGAACGGGACCAGUCUGUGCUCAGGCAGACUGGAGGUGAAGACUAACCAGUCUACCCAGACCUGGUCCUCAGUGUGUCAACAGGACUUUGACCAGCAGGAUGCAGAGGUGGUCUGCAGGGAGCUUGGCUGUGGGACUCCUUUAGUCCUCCAGGGGGGGCUCUAUGGAGACGGGGAGCCUCCGAUGUGGACCAAAGAGUUCCAGUGUGGAGGCAACGAGUCUGCUCUGCUGGACUGUAGAAGCUCAGAUGGAACCACCACCUGCUCACCUGGACCAGCUGCUGGACUCACCUGCUCAGAGCCCGUCAGAUUGGUGGGGGGGUGGAGUCGCUGUACUGGGACACUGGAGGUGAACCAGGGAGACUGGAGACCACUAGACGGCUCAGACCAGACCCCGAAGGAAUCGGCAUCUGUGUACUGCAGGAAGCUGAACUGUAGCUCUCCUCUUUAUGCAGGAAGCAGGGAGGACGCCUACAGACCUGCAUGGAAGAUCCACUCCACCUGUGUCCAGUCUGGAUCCGCUUUGAGGGAGUGUAUAACACCAUCGGGUUCUUCUUCCUCCGUCCUGGAGCUCACCUGUUUACAUCCAGCAGCUGUUCCGAUCCGACUGGUGGUCCUGCCGCUGGCGCUGCUGUUGGUUACCGUGGUGAUCUAUUUCAUCGUCAAGGCCUCCAGGGGGCGGAUGCGGGACCCCCGGGAGAACAUGGAGCUGGAUUAUCAUAACCUCGGUGCUGAAGGAGCCCGGGCAGCGGUGUAGAUCUCGUUUAGCCUGUGCCUAUGUUAAUGCUAACUAGCAUGUUCGUUAGCAGUAAUUAGCCUGUGCCUAUGUUAAUGCUAACUAGCAUGUUAGUUAGCAGUAAUUAGCCUGUGUCCAUGUUAAUGUUAACUAGCAUGUUAGUUAGCAGUAAUUAGCCUGUGUCCAUGUUAAUGUUAACUAGCAUGUUAGUUAGCAGUAAUUAG